AUCUUUCGAAAAAUACUUUAAAAGUCUUCAUAAUACCUAGUUGCGAUUUCAUAUUAAAUGCUCAUCACCGUAUAAAUUUAAAAACUUGCUUUAAUUUAAGCAGUAAUGCUAUUAACAUUUUAAGUUAAACGCGAGUUCAAAAAACUAGUCACAUCUUGUUGUUUUGUUAUUUUUGAUGUGAAUUACGUCACAUUGAGUGAGAGGAACUACGCGAUAACGGGUUUUAGAAGAUUCCACGAGCCAACCAGGGGCCGCGGCGAAAAUCAGUUGCUCGGCCUCCUUUCGCUUGGAAUCACGUAUCGCGCUUUCCCGAACAUUAUCUCUGUCAAAAUGACUACAAAAGUUAACCCGGAUUUGCAAAGAGAGCGUGAUAAGUGCACUUUCAACAUCACAGAGUUGACCAACAUCAUCGAUGGAGGUCCUGAGAAGACUGAGGACAGAAAACGCAUGGAGGAGCUCGUCUUGAAGGAAGGAAUUCACCAUGACGACGUACCAAUGCAAUACCUCAGCCAUAAGGAGAAAUAUGAGAGAGCCAUCAAGAAGUCAUGCUACCUGUUUAAACUCAUCCGUAGACUGCAGGAAGAAGACAAUGCUUCAAUGGAAAAUUAUAGAGCAGUCCUGGGCGGCAAUCUCGGCUCAGCCAUCCUCCAAGACGGUUCUCCACUCACGCUCCACUACGUGAUGUUUAUCCCCACCCUGAUGGGGCAGGCCACAGUGGAGCAGCAGGCCUACUGGAUCGGUAGGGCGUUCAACCUUGACAUCGUCGGCACUUACGCUCAGACUGAACUGGGUCACGGCACCUUCAUCCGAGGGUUGGAAACAACAGCGACUUACGACCCUAAGACCAAAGAAUUUGUACUGCACAGCCCUACACUGACAGCGUACAAAUGGUGGCCGGGAGGAUUGGCCCACACAGCAAACUACUGCAUUGUGAUGGCCCAGCUGUACACCAAGGGCAAGUGCCACGGCAUCCACCCGUUCAUAGUGCAGCUAAGGGACGAGGAGACACAUAUGCCCCUCCCCGGGAUCAAGGUCGGCGAGAUUGGCGCCAAGCUGGGCAUGAACGGCACCAACAAUGGAUUCCUCGGCUUCGAACACGUUAGGAUACCCCGAGAGCAUCUGCUUAUGAAGAAUUCUAAGGUUUUGGAGGACGGCACAUACGUGAACGCGCCAAGUUCGAAGCUGACGUAUGGCACGAUGAUGUUCGUGCGCGUGGUGAUCGUCAACGACAUGUGCAACUACAUGGCCAAGGCGGUCACCAUCGCUACGAGGUACUCCGCCGUCCGGAGACAGAGCCAGCCUAAGCCCAAUGAACCGGAGCCCCAGAUCCUGGACUACGUGACGCAGCAGCACAAGCUGUUCAUCGGCAUCGCGUCGGUGCACGCGUUCCGGCUCGGCGCCGAAUGGAUCUGGAAUAUGUACAACAACGUCACCGCUGAACUCGAGGCCGGCGACAUGGAUCGACUGCCUGAGCUCCACGCCCUGUCGUGUUGCCUGAAGGCAGUGAGCACGUCAGACGCGGCCGAGACGGUGGAGCGGUGCCGGCUGGCGUGCGGCGGGCACGGGUACAUGCAGUCCUCCAACCUGCCGGUCGCUUACGGACUAGUCACCGCCGCAUGCACCUAUGAGGGAGAAAACACCGUGCUUUUCCUGCAAACUGCCAGAUACCUAGUGAAGGCGUGGCAGCAGGCGGCGGGCGGCGACGCCCUGCCGCCGACGGUGUCGUACCUCGGGCGCGUCACCACGGGCCGCCGUGUGCCGCCCUGGGACAACUCCAUACAAGGCAUCAUUGACGGCUUCCAAAGAGUCGCGGCCGGCAAAAUCGGGCUGUGUGUCGCGAACAUCGAGAAACGCCAAAAAACGGGCAUGGCGUAUGAGGACGCGUGGAACAUGACAUCCGUGCAACUAGCCUCUGCUUCCGAAGCGCACUGCCGGGCAAUGCUUCUGUCGUGCUACUACGAAGAGACGGAGAAGCUGUGUGCGCAGGCGUCGCCGGCGCUCAGGCAGGUGUUGUCGCAGCUCGCCGACCUGUACGUCGUGUACUGGGCGCUGCAGCGCGUCGGUGACUUGCUUAGAUUCACAUCGAUAUCGGAACGCGACAUCGAGCAGUUGCAGAACUGGUACGAGGACUUGCUUGUGAAGCUACGACCCAACGCUGUAGGACUUGUCGACGCCUUCGACAUCAAGGAUGAGAUUCUUCACUCUACCCUGGGCGCGUACGACGGGCGCGUGUACGAGCGUCUGAUGGAGGAAGCCCUCAAGAGUCCGCUCAACAAGGAACCCGUCAACGACAGCUUCCACAAGUACCUCAAGCCUUUCAUGAGCGGGAAACUUUAAAAUUGAAUAUUUAUAAAGUCACAACUUUCAUAAUUAAAGAAAAUCACUACAAAAGUUUUCGGCGUGUAGCGUGUAGUAUGAUAAUAUUAGUUUACACACGCGAAAAUCCUACGCCUAUGGUUUACAUUUACACUGUGGUUGAUUAUAACAAUCGUAAUUUUUUUAAUAAGUUAAUACAGGGUGCUACACCCCAUACAAGUAAAGGUAGCCAUACAAGUACGUAUCGAUGUUACGGUGUCGUAACGUAAACUGAGGGGGAUGGUUAAGAUCAUGGUUCUGAGUUGAUGUCAAGUGGAAUUUCCUGUCGGAAUAUUCAUGAUUUUUUUUUUGUGUUUUUGUUUUUUAAAUUAUUAUCAGUUCCACUUUUGCGACAAAAAAAUCCAUUUGAUAUCAACUCAGAAUCGGACCAUUACGGUAUAUGGAUUAAAUCAAUUUAAUAUUACCAGCAAAACCAUGUCUUACUAAUAUAAUACAUAUACUAGACAAAUUAUGAUUUUGUAAUAUAACAAUGUAAAGCAGUUGUAUGGUUAUGGAGGCAAAUGUUAUAGUUUAAGUAAAAAUGGGACUGAAUCAGCAGAAUUAGAUAAGGUGGUGGAUGUAAAACAUUCCGUGUAACUAUUAGAGUAUUAUGGUUAUCAUUUUCCAAAAUAGAGAUUUUAUCAUGAGAUUUUUAUAUGUACAAAAUGGUUUACUUAUAAUAAAGUUUAUAUUUUUUUAAA